AAAUUGUUGCGUUAAUUACAUCACAUAAGUUUCUGCCACAACAUAAAACAGUAUAAAACUGCAAAUUGCCCCUUUGGUUAGAUAAUGCAAUUUCGUUAAACUUUUAAAAGAUUAACACAAAUAUGAUAUGAUUAAUCAUGUGAUCUCAUGUCGUUCAAAAGGAAUUUGACUAUCUUAUCUACUUGGGGUUUGGGAAAUCCAUUAAUAUUUAACCAUUAAGAUGUCGCUCGCUGGCGCCAAGUUAAGCAACUUUAUCAGGAGAAACCGAUGAAUCAUGUCCAUAAAGGAAUCCCCAAUAAUUCAAAAUAACACUGUUGGUGUCAAAGUGUGUAGAUGUCACCCCCAUAUAAGUGUAAAACUUGAUUACGUUGUCUUGUUUAAAGACCGAAGAGGGCGAGCAGUGAGAAUAAGUAAAUCAUCUAGGUGCCUCUCGUCUAUUCAACAGACAGUAUUGGUGACGUCAAUAGAGUCUGCAACAGUGAGUGUACACCCUUUAAAUAGUCCAUGGAUCUUGAAGUUUCACAGCGAUUUUCUAUUCACUAGUUCUUUACAACAGCCGUAUAGUAAUCCUAUAAUGGUGCUUUAAACUGCCUAGAAACCCAUAGGCUGAAGAUUCUUUAAAAUAAAUAAAGAUUUUUUUUGAUAUUUCAGAUUAAAGAACCACCAUUUGUUGUGAACAGAGAAUGAGGCGCUUUCCUGAACUCAAGAAACACAGAAGAACGUUUAUGCUGUCCGGUGCGCGUGCCCGUACACUCAGGCACAACACAUCUUAAUAUAUUGCGCGGUCACGAGGCAGACACUCUCACUCGGUCAGCUUCGACUGUCAGUAGUAAGACGCGCGCCACGGCGAUAGAUACAAGCGUUUAGACACCAGGCGUACGUACAUGUGCGUGGUGAAAUGCUGGAUUGACUAACACUGAAGAUCUCGGGAUCAAUGGCGCGCGGCUUUGAGAUCGUUUAAAAUUUAUUGGAAGGGAGAGUGUGAGAGAGAAAGGAAAGAGAGAGAGGGAAAACAGUGUCUUUCAACAAUGGAACUUACAAUGGAAAACAUUGGGAAUUUGCACGGCGUCUCACACUCCCAUCAAACGGGAGACUUGAUGAACUCUCCUCACGCGCGACAGUCGGCGACACAUAGGAACUUGGUAUCAUCGCACGGGAGGUCAGCGAUGGUGUCCAGCAUGGCCUCGAUACUGGACGGGGCCGGGGAGUAUCGCACGGACCAUUCGUUGUCCGGUCCUCUCCAUCCAGCGAUGACCAUGUCGUGCGAUUCGAGCAUGAGUCUGAGCAGCACUUACACCACCCUGACGCCGUUGCAGCACCAUUUGCCUCCCAUAUCCAACGUCUCAGAUAAAUUUCACCAUCAUCCGCACCCUCACGCUCAUCACCACCCCGCGCACCAGCGUCUCGCAGCCGGGAACGUCAGCGGCAGCUUUACGCUGAUGCGUGAUGACCGGGGCCUCGCGUCUAUGAGCAACCUAUACGGCCACUACUCCAAAGAUUUGUCCGGGAUGGGACCACCUUUGUCACCUCUUUCCAACGGCCUUGGGUCUUUGCACAACUCUCAACAAACUCUAAGUGCGUACGGUCCGAGUGCUCACCUGGGGAAUGACAAGAUGAUUUCCUCGGGGGGCUUCGAGUCCCAUGCUGCGAUGCUCGGACGGGGCGAGGAGCACCUGGCGCGGGGUUUAGGGGGACAUGGAGCGGGUAUCAUGUCUUCUCUCAACGGCAUCAAUCACCACCACCACCACAGUCACUCGCACUCUCAGGCGAAUGGUUCGGUGCUCUCGGAGCGGGACAGGCAGGCAGGAGCCGGCGGACAGGGUGGUGGGUCGGGUCAAGUAGAGGAGAUCAACACCAAAGAGGUGGCUCAGCGAAUAACGGCGGAGUUAAAGAGGUACAGCAUUCCACAGGCCAUCUUUGCCCAAAGGAUCUUGUGUCGCUCUCAAGGAACUCUGUCGGAUCUCCUGCGGAAUCCAAAACCCUGGAGUAAACUCAAGUCAGGUCGGGAGACGUUCAGACGGAUGUGGAAGUGGCUACAAGAACCAGAGUUCCAGCGCAUGUCGGCCCUUAGGCUCGCAGCCUGCAAGCGAAAGGAACAGGAGCAGCACAAGGAACGCAAUAUGGCGCCCAAGAAACAGCGUUUGGUCUUCACCGACCUCCAGCGUCGCACACUCAUCGCCAUUUUCAAGGAGAACAAGCGGCCCUCGAAGGAAAUGCAGCUGACUAUCUCACAGCAGCUCGGCCUGGAACUCAGCACCGUCAGCAACUUCUUCAUGAAUGCACGUCGGCGAUGUGUUGACCGCUGGCAUGAGGAACACCAUCACGGCCAUGUAGCCAGUCCUGGCCAGCCAGGCACCUCUGCCACCACCUUUUCCAAGGCUUAAAUCGAAACCCCCAUUCCCUUGGGUGGCUGAGACUGGAUAUUCAUUCCAACCUCACAUAGUCACUCGUUGCGUGCCAAUCAAUCCCACUGCUGCCAAAAAUGGCAACGUUUCCCGUAAAUGCAACCUUUUACUUCUUUGGGACUGUUAUGAAACCAAGCCAAACAUCUUAACAGAGAAAAAGCACCACAUAGCAUUCACAUAAACCAAAAAAAAAGUGAGCUGAAGAGGCCUGUUAGUGCUUUCUUCAAGCAGUUGUGGACAAUGAGCAUUUUCAAAGCUCACAGCACAGACAGCUUGUUACUCAAACAAGAUUGUCAAAGAAAGCCACCACCUGCAUCAUCACUCUCAGGCCCACAGCGGCACAAUUCCCUAAUGGCCAGUUGUUUCACAGAGGCUCUCAGAUCAUAUGCUAAGCUAAUGAAUUGAGAGACUAAUCGAUACAGACAGAAAAGCAAAGGACGUCGACCUCUACUGAAGGUGAAAUGGAACGAGCUCCCACAACAAGGACUACCAUGUUCGCCCAGCAUGGCUCUCCAUUCGGUUUAUUUUGCACAGAUGGAAAUGGAGUGUUACCUGGGCUGUAACAUUUUAUGGCACUUGUGGUUAACGCAUGUUAUCACAAUCCGAACUCUCUUUAAUGCAAGUGAAUCAGUCAACCACUAUUUGGGGGCAAAAUACUGGACCAUUUUCAGCAACGGUGCACCCUUUCUAAUCUCAAGAGACUGUAAUCUCUGACAUUUCAAAUACAAAAAGAAUAUUUUUCAUUCCGUAUAGAUCCACAAUAAGGUCAAGACAGGUACAGCCAAACACAACGAAAGGCACAUUUUAAAUACAAAUGGGAAUUUUUGUUACAAAAUGGUACAUCCAUACACAACUGAAAUAUUACUGACAAAUCAAAAUGUUAUGUUUAUCCUGAAAAGUGGACAAGGGGUAAACAUAGUGCAAAAUGUUACAUAAAAUCUAGUGCCAAUAAUGUUUGCCUUAAUAUAAAAUAGAAGUUCACACACCCUCAGCCAGAGUCCACUUCCAAACCGGCAUUACGUGCCAUAGCAACCAACAAUCAUAUUUUAAAAAGAAACAGAAUCUUUUUUAAUUAUGAAAAUAAUCAAUGCUUUAAAUCAUUCACUACAGCUAGUCUAUAAUAAAACUAAAUGAAAAGCUAGAAAUCGCUCUGCAGCAACACAACAAGAACAGAAAAAAAUACUAAAAUAUUUCUGUUCCUUCUCCUCUUUAACUCUUAAUCCCUUAUUUUUCUCUUAAUGUCUCCCACUUGCUUUCUCUUCAUAAUAUUAAAGCGGGUAAUUGGUACAAAAGUAUUUCUAUUUCUUAUUAAAUAUAUGAUCCGUGCAAAUGUAAGGCACCUUGUUGAUCAUGUGAAAAAAUCAUAAAAAAAGACUUUCUAAAAGAAUAACAAAACUUGAGAGGACUGAAACUGGACAUCUCUGCAUUGCAUGUGAACUACCACAGGUCAUAACAGAAGGAACUUUAACUGACCACAAAGGAGAUGUAACUCUGUUGAAAAGUAAACCAAAAACGAGAUUUCCACCCAAAAUUCCUCUUAACAUCCUCAAAAACCCUGCCAAAAUGGGUGCGAAACAAGGGCACAAGCUUACCUCCAUAGGGAGAUGUUAAAAUCUUAGAGGAGUCUUCUUUUAGUACAUUUGAAUGCAACAGUAGCAUUUUCUGGAAAUGUUGCAGGACUUGCUGAACAGAUGAAAGUGAGCACUGUUAAUUCAACUAUGCUCUGAGCAUUGAGUUAUAAGCAGACCCACAAAGAAUCUGCAGAAUUUUCAGGAGUCAGCGGUAUUCUGUUGAGUAAAUUCCAACAUGGUCCAAUAUGUAGCUGAAAGCAUAAUCAUCAAAUUUGCCAAAACGUAUGAGUGGGACAACAGACUGUGUGAAAGACAGGAUUUCUGCGCACAGAAUCCAUGUGGGCCUGGUUAUGAGCAUUAAGAGACAGCCGAUUUGUGCAACACAAAUCAGUGGGCAUCUAUAUGUACAUUAGCUGAUAAAACAGACCUUUUGUUUGUAGUGAGAACCAGUGUGGCUACCUCACUGAGCUGGGUGGUUUGUGAAACAGCCACUGAUACCAAAGAUUCUUUGACCUGCCAGUCCUGUGCUGCCAAAGGGAGGAAUACACACACAAACCAAAAGCCCAAUAGCAAAACCAAAGCUGUUACAGAUGCAUACAUACUUACAAACGGAUCGUUACGCAUAUGCUGACAUAUACAUAAUCUCACAGUGCAGUCAGACUGCAUAGCACCGCAAUGAGGGAUACGGCUGCUAUGCAGGUUGAGUUGAGUGCCUUUUUCCUUCAACAACGGGUGGGACUGCACUGGAACACACAACAACACGCAGCACACUUACACAUAUUAAGUUUAUACACAAACCGGAGCUGCUUUCUAGGAGUUUUCUCUGCAUAAACAUGGGUUACACUUACGCGUUUGACCGUUGACGGGUUUCACGGCAUUUUAGUUAAAGGGGCAGCAUCAUAAUUUUGAGUAUGCGUAUUAACUCUUGCGUUUACUCCCAUUCUUGUCACAUUUAACCACAAGCUCGCGUUCACACAUUCACUCAAAAUACGAAUGUACAGCGCAUAGGCAUAUAGAUAUUGAAGCAGGGUGUGAUUUAACUUUAGUUUGAUAUUAAACUGGUGUUUAAGCACUUUAAUGACCUUAUUUAUUAUUCCUCCAUUGUCACUGCAUUAUUUGCGCUCAGAGCUCGUACAAAAUCAGAAGUACCUUCAUAUUAGGCUUGUCUAAUAAUAGAGGGAUGCCAGUUUACUGUAUGCACUGGCGAAUAUUCGCAAAAUAUUAUUUUAUAUUAGCUAGCAUGAUCAAUGCUAUACACACCCUGAUUUCCCUCAAUAUGCCUCAGUGCUGUACCCACAUGUGGCCUGUUUUCAUGAGCACUAAUUGAGGAACGUGGUUUGCUAAAAUGAACAUUUUACAUUGAUUACGGUGCUGAACAGAUUUUGAAUGAAAUGUUUAAGUGAUUUAGGAAAAACGGCCAUUUCACAAAAAGCAUUGAACCAUUUCCCUCUUAUAUUUCUCCCAUUGGAAACCACACAGACUUGGCAGGAAGGUGUUGACAAUUGAUUCUGAAAUACCUCAAAUGUUUUGUGUAAAGUUUAUGUAAUUUAGAUUACACUAAUGUUAAUUACAAUGAGUACACUAACACUACUAAGACUAAUAAUAGUUAGUUUUUGAACUUGUGACUUGAAGCUUUAUACUGUUAAAUUGUGUUUUUGUUGGUGUUGUUCAGUUCACUCAUUUGCCAAUUGUUUUAUUUUAUUUUAUUUUUUGAUCAAUUGUGGUAUGUAAUUCUUUAUAAAAGAAAGACAUUUGAAUGUUUCUAAUGAAAGACAUGACAUGAAGGAAAAGGAAAACUGAAAGAGCGAAAUCACAUUGCGCAGAAUUUCCAAUAUAUGCAUCGAUUUUUGUCCUAAUCAUUUCAGUUUCAGCAUUAUUUAAACUGUAACUAUUUCAAUUUCUUUCCUCUUUAUUUAAAGCUAACCUGAUUGUGUUAAGUGCUCCUAGCAUUAAUUUAAAAGACAAAUGAAAAAACAAACUCCUCCCAUUUAAAGUGGCGGGGACACUUUUUUUCUGCAUGAGUAAUUGUAUACUGUAUAGAGUAAAGCUGGAUCGACCUGGACUUUGGUGGGUGCGACUAGGAUGAACAGACCCCGGGGGAGGUUGGAGAUGGGUGGGAAGGGUGGUAAAGGUGUUGGAGGGGUCUUUAUUUUGUAGAGUUUUCUGUCACUGUUGUUUUUCACUGGUUGUGUGCAUGUAUUGUUGCAGCUCUCUCUCUGCCCUCCUUGUAUUUCUUUUAUGUAUAUUACUCUUAAUAACGGGGCAUGACCGUGUAUCCUGGGCAACUGAAUUUGGUCAUGGACCCAAUGUACACGUCUCUUCUAAAAAUGUAAUCUUGUGUGCAUUUGUUUACACGUGGAGUGUUUCUCAAUUUGGGUUGCACGCCAUUUCAUGCAAAACUGGAAUGCUACCAGCCAGUUUUUUGCAACAGACCCCUCCAACCAGAAAUGGUCUCUCAUCGACUGUAAAACAGCAUCAUGUACAUCACGUUUCUCUCCGGGUCUGUUUGCAGAUCCAACCCCCCCCCCCCCAGUCACACUGUGCUCUUCCUCUUCUGUUUCCUGUCAAUCAAUCAGAACCAAGUGUCUUUGUGAUGGUAGAAGACAAUCAGUUUCAAAACAAGGAGAAAAUAAAAUGGUAGAGAGAAGACAGGCUGAGAAGAGGAGAAAGGAAGGAGGAAAGAGGCUCUCGUUUGUCGCAAGUAGGCGACCACUGCCCUAUUUAGCUUGCUGUGGUGCUUAUGGUGUGCUGACUCCGCAAACACUCUUCCCUGUUAUUUUAAAUGCAAUCCAUAGAAAACAUUCAAGUCUUUCUAAUUUUGUUAUAAUUUUAUCUACCAAAAAUAUUCAGAGAGUAAUUGUAAUGUCAACUAUCAGCAUCUAGCGAGAUACUAAACCAAUUGAAAAGAGCUAGCACAGUCAAGUGCUAAUGUUUGGGCUAAUAAUGCUCUCUAAUAACCACAAACCAGUCAAUAAAGAACUGAUGAGACUGGUUGUCUUUGCACAGAAAACUAUGCAAAAAUCCAGAGAAAAGCAAAACCGUUACCUCAAUCCGAAUUGAUGUUGCUGGUUCAGGCUGCUUUUCAGUUUUCCCUAACUCCACUUCAACAACCAGGAUGAUGUUCAAGGAUACCUGCACCAAUUACAGAGUGGCAGAAAAUGUUGAAAUGUUGCACUAAACUGAACUGGUUUGCUGGGAUUAGCCAAUCUGGUAUGUUGUUUUUUUAUAUAGGCGUUGGAAGAUCAACAAGUUGAUUAGCUAUCCUAGCUAAGAUCAGCAAACCACACUAAACACAGGAAAUGUAUGCAGUUUAGCAAAUAAACCUGGGUUAAUUUAACAGUUUUCAGGGAAGAGUGUAAGCAAGACCCAUUUACAUGUACAGAAACUCUCCUUAGAGCACAUCUACCCAAGCCAAAGACUGAUAAAAGGGUAAAGACAAUCCAAACAACCAAUCAAUGUGUGUUUCUGAAGCUGUAGAUAUGCUCCAGCUGAACUUUUGCAUUCAAGUUGAAAAUCAAGGCCCAGUAAAGAAAGAUGGCCUGUUUGUGAUCAAAAUCUUAUGCACAAGAAUUUUCCAGUUUUAGUAUCCAGUGAAGCUUCACAUGCACACAAAAACUUGUUCUCAGGCAGCUGUUAAAGGUUAAAGGGCACAUCAUCAAGGAGAGCCUCGUUCCUCUUUCUGUCCUACAGGGGGAGCCAGAGAGCCUGUGGAGCACUUUUCAUUUAGUGCAAGUGGACACUCUUCAGAAGGAGACAAAUUGGAGUAAUAACUGUUACAGGAAAAAAAAUAAUAAGGAAAUAUGGGUAAUUUGCGUGUUUUGAAAUAAAAUACAACCAUUGUUGAA